AUGCUCUGCAUGACUUCACUAGCUUUCUUUUCUCUCAUAAUCUGCAGCUUAUCAUUAACCUCAAACAUCCUUCCUUCUCUCGCCCAAAACACACCGCAAGACUACCUAAAUGCCCACAAUGAAGCUCGAGUUGCUGCAAAUGCUGGAUAUAUCACUGGGAACAACACACUGGCAAUCUAUGCACUAAAUUAUUCUCUCCAACGCAUUGGUGACUGCAAUCUUGUGUAUUCAAAUGGCCGUAACGGGAAGAACAUAUCUUCGAGCACCAGUGAUAUUACUAGCGAAGAAGCUGUGAAAAUGUGGAUUGAUGAGAAAUCUUUCUAUGAUUACAAUUCUAAUUCUUGUGCUACAGGCAGGCAGUGCAGGAAUUACAUUCAGGUGGUUUGGCGUAACACGGCUCAGGUAGGAUGUGCUAAGGUGAGAUGCACCAUGGGAGGAACUCUAGUUACUUGCAGCUAUGAUCCACCUAGCAACUUUGCUGGGGAGCGACCUUAUUAA